AGACACCGGAAGUGCACUUUAAUCAACCAGGAUAAAAAAAAAAACACACCUCGGUCUGUUUAUAUUUUGGCUGAUGUUCUCGUUUAUUUUGUUUACCGGCUUCAGUCAUUUUACUUGAAAUAGAAACCGCGAGCCGGUUCACUUCUUUUUAAUCGACUCACAAAGCAACAAACCUGGCCCCUCCACUGCCUGUCACCAUGCCCGCUCUGCUGGAGAGACCCAAGCUGUCCAACGCGAUGGCUAGAGCCCUCCACAAACACAUUAUGAGGGAGAGGGAGCGAAAGAGACAAGAGGAGGAAGAGGUAGAUAAAAUGAUGGAACAGAAGAUGAAGGAGGAAGAAGAGAGAAAAAGGACAAAAGAAAUCGAGGAGAGGAUGUCCUUGGAGGAAACCAAAGAACAGGUGAUGAAGAUGGGAGAGAAGCUCCAGGGACUCCAAGAAGAAAAACAUCAGCUGUUUUUACAGCUCAAGAAAGUUCUCCAUGAAGAAGAAAAGAGGCGCAGGAAGGAGCAGAGUGAUAUCACAACUCUGACAUCGGCCAGUUACCAACCCAGUCUGCCCAUGCACGCAGGACAGCACCUUCUCAGCAUUCAAGGAAGUCCAGUGAGCCACAGUCGACCUGGCCCUUUACUAGGAGAACGCAGCAAACAGCUUUUCCCAACUACUGUCAUUCCAGCUCGUCACUAUCAGACCCCUGGUUUCAGCUCGGGUUCAGCAGAGCAUGGCCAGUUCAGUGGUGGUCAGAGUGUUCAUGAGCCCUAUGGGGUUGCCCAGGCCCAGCACCCCUCCACCUACGCCCCUGGACCGUCUGUACCCGUCAGCUUUGCCAGCAGUUCUCAGAUCAGAGGUGCAUCUGCAUUCCAGGCCAUGCAGUACCUUCCCCACCAGCAGCCCGGAUACCCUGUCCACAGUCACUUCACCUCCCAGCCUGGAUACAUCCCUGGAGCAGGAAUACCCCUCCAGAAGCAACUGGAACAUGCCAACCAGCAGUCCGGCUUCACUGAUGCAGGUGCUUUGAGGCCUAUGCAUCCCCCUGCCAUGCAUCCCUCUGCUACGGGUUUGCUGCCGACGCCAUCGAUGGCUGUUCAGAUCCCAACAGCGAAGGCGCCAUUCCAGAGCUCUCCUCAGGGUGCUCCUCGCCAUGGCUUCCUCCCUCACACCCAGAACAGCCAGAGAUUUUACCACCAUGGCAAGUAACCUCUCCACUUCUGCAAACCCCAUCACUGCGCUCAAGAACCCGACGGACGAAUAACGGAUCGUUAAAUCUUGCUGCGUCUGAUUUGUGUUCCUUCUUUCUUUUGUAUUUUGACUUUAUUUCGUCAGCGGUCAUGACUUUAACGUGCUUCAGCUGCGAUUUUAACACAACUUUGACUUCAGUUUGUUGGAGAAGUAGGUUUUUAUUUCGAUGUGAAGCCAUUCAGGAGGUGCGUACGUGCACUCAACUGUGAAUAUGUUGUAAAGAGCGAGGCUGCAUGAUGUUUUCUAGCUUUUUUAAAGAGCAUCAGGGGCGGGUUUAAUUCAACAUAGACCCUGAACUGGGAACACUUAUUUUGUUUUAGCAAACUUAUGUAAAGUACUAGAGCUGAAAUGUAACGUUAAACUGUGUUGCGGAUUUCUGGUUGAUCACAUUACACCCAUAUCAAAUGUUUUAAGUCUCUGCUGUUUAUGUUGCUAAAUAAAAUGAAAAGUAAACGUCGCCUCCAACA